ACACGCUGUCGAAACUGAUUGAUGGUACAACCGGCUGGCCUGCAGUAAUGGCAUUUGACGCGGCACUUGUACCUCUAGCCAUAAGCAUCUCUUCGGAUGAAGAACGUGUUGCAUAUUGUGAUGCCUUACCACAUGCUGUAUCUACGAUAUUGCCACAAAUCUUAGCUCGUUGUCCGGAAGAUUUGCCAUCAUCCAAAGAAAGGGAGUACUUCAUCUCGGAAUGUUUUCCGUUCUCUGUUGAUGUAUACGAAAGAUAUGCUGCGAAUCUACUAUACAGAACGCUUGGAACCUUGCCAGCUGUGGUACGUAAUUGGUAUGCAGGUUUACCGAAUGCUGCGACACAAAUAGUCAGCAAAUAUGUGCGAUAUUACGUGAGUAAACUUCUAGUGGAAGCUGAGCUUAAUAAAGUCAAAUUAGCUAAUAAGAGCCAUCUGAAGGCCGACAAGUCGCUCAAGAUCCGUGUAGUUCCCGUAUCCGGAGAAGUCGUUGCUGAAUAUACGGUAGAAGAGACUACAAUGCGAUUAUCAAUAGUGAUGCCACCUGACUGGCCUUUGUCCGUGCCAACCAUUCAGAUUGACAAAGCAAUAGUACCUUCUGAGAAAGCUAAGAAAUGGUUGCUUCAACUGACAGCUUACUUAUUCCAUCAGGUUAAC